GAGAACAGAAUGAAACCUGGACUUAGAAAAUAUGUCUGUGAUCUCACACUGGACCUAAACACAGUAGACAGACUCCUCUCUCUGUCUGAGGAGAACAGAAAGGUGACAUGUAGGACAGAGGAGCAGCCGUAUCCUGAUCACCCAGAGAGAUUUGAGGACUGGAGACAGGUGCUGUGUAGAGAGGGUCUGACUGGGCGCUGUUACUGGGAGGUAGAGUGGAGUGGGAUAAUGGGGGCUGGUAUAGGAGUGACAUAUAAAGGAAUCAACAGGAGAGGAAGGGGUGAUGACUGUUGUCUUGGAUACAGUGACAAGUCCUGGUGUCUGUUCUGCUAUGACAACAGAUACUCUGCCAGGCAUAAUAAUAACUCCACUACCAUAGACGUCCGCCCCUCCAGCUCCCACAGAGUAGGAGUGUAUCUGGACUGGUCAGCCGGCACUCUGUCCUUCUAUAGAGCCUCCUCUGACACACCGACCCACCUGAUCACAUUCACCUCCAUAUUCACUGAGCCCCUCUAUCCAGGAUUUAGGGUUAAUUAUGUUGGCGACUCAGUGUCCCUGAAAUAAUAACUGGACACACACACACACACACACACGGACACACA